CGCCGUCGGUUGUCGCAUCUUUGCUUCGAUUGAUGCUUUGCGAUUUCGAUGAACACCGGUUGAGUCUCGUUAUUCGGCGUCCCUAAAGUGCUCGCGAACGUAUAACAAAUGAGGUGUGUUGGCUGCUUUCGCAUGCGAUCGUUGUUUGCUAGAUAGUGAGGUAUUUAGUAAUAAAAUUCCAAACACUUUUCGUGAUAUCUUCAUCAUUUGAUUGGUGAAGAGGGUGAGUGAGGUGAUUCGCGAGGUCUAUAACUGGAGUGGCGAGGUGGAACCAACAACAAAGGGCCCCAAGUCUCGUUCAAACGCAAACAGGGAAGCGAACGGCGACGGUCAACAAAAAGGGUGGAGAGACGACUAAAAACAACGCAAACUUGCCUCAGAAGUAACACUGCCUGACUGGAAGAAGUGUCAGCGAAAUAGCAAAGAAAAGUGUCAGCGAAAAGUGUGUGAGGUGGGUAUGCAAGUGGAAAGUUUUCGCGGAGUUUGGUGUCGUCUAGUCAAGGUUGUCGACGCGCGAAAGUGAGAAGAAGUCGUUCUGCGGGUGGUUUCUAGUUUCUAGUCUUAGCUCCACACAUAGUUGCCUCGUCGCGGCUGAUUAAGUAUUGUGUGUGCGUUCUCCAGCGAAGGAAGACGAACAUCUGUGCGGAAGGUUGCAGCCGAGCAGUCGUAGUGUCAAAUCGAUGGUGUUCAGUUCUUUCGAGAAAGAAAUUGCGUGUUUUAAUACAAUCUCUCCUUCUGGUGUGCCAUAAAACAGUGCUUUCUUCGAGGGCCCGACAUUGCUCUUCAUUUUUUUGAUGUUGCCAAGCACGCAAUAGAAUCUACUUACUAUAUAGCAGCGUUAGAAGUGUAGUCAGUGAGUCACCCUUCGUUCGUGCCCCUAUAUUGGAUAUCAAAGUGCGGUGUUUGUAUAUAGUCGAGAGUCGCCGAACGGACAUCUAGACUCUAGUGAAAAGUGCAAAGUGUUGCUGAAAAUCGAUAAUUUUUCUGCCUCGGGACAGAUUUCCAUCUCAGCCAUGGCUGCGCAAAUGAACGACUACAACUCGAGGAAGCGUUUUGCCUUCGAUAUCGACAUGGAAAUCGAGAGCGAGGCCUCAAAGCUGAUGCUGGUUCAGGGCAAUGAAUCUCCGGGAAUCCACACGAGCACCGGAGCCGGAGCGGGAGGAGGAGGAGGCGUUGGAGUUGCCACAGCUCUGGGAGGAGCUCUCAGCUUGUCACAGGAGAAUCUCGCCGCAGGGCUGCCCAAUGAAAUCUCCGCCCCGUACGAAGUGCCACAGUUUCCCAUCGAGCAGAUCGAGAACAAGCUGCAACUGCAGCGGCAGCUGAAUGCCAAGGUCAUGGAACAGGACCGGCACUCGGUGGCCGCCGAGAUCCACCCGGACGAGCACCUGCCGUUCGAUGAGCACGACUUUGUGGCCCACUUCCAGCGGGUUUCCAUUUCCGGCGAGGACACCAGCGGCGUUCCCCUGGACGAUCUGGAACGGGCCUCGGCGCUGCUGGUCAAGGCGCUGGAACUGCGCGAGAAGUACAUGCGCAACUCGUACCAAAGCUUCCCGCAGACUACGGGCCGGUUCCUGAAGUCGACCCGCCCGGAGAGGUACGCCCACCAGGAGAAGAAAUCGAUUGCAGACCAUCCAGUGAACCCACCGCAGAGCACCCAGUCACCAUGGUUGAUCGAAUUCCCUGAGGACUGCAACUACGACAUCCGCUCGAAUGCAGGCGUCUUUGAGGUGUUCUCCAGUUCCGAAGCCAAAGAACCGCUCCCGUACGAGUACACCAAGCUGCCGGAAUUUGUGCAGGACAUGCAGAUGAUGUGUUCUAUGAUUGCCGACGGACCGUUGAAGUCGUUCUGCUAUCGUCGACUCAGCUACCUCUACUCCAAGUUUCAGCUGCACGUACUGUUGAACGAACUGCGCGAGUUGGCCUCGCAGAAGGCUGUCCCCCAUAGGGACUUCUACAACAUCCGCAAAGUAGACACUCACAUCCACGCCGCCAGCUGCAUGAACCAGAAGCAUUUGCUGCGCUUCAUCAAGAAAACGCUGAAAAACUACGCCGACGAGGUGGUCACGGUAACCAAGGGACAGCAGAUGACCCUGUCGCAAGUGUUCCAAUCGAUGAAUCUGACCACGUAUGAUCUGACGGUGGACAUGCUGGACGUGCACGCCGAUCGGAACACGUUCCACCGGUUCGACAAGUUCAACGCCAAGUACAAUCCCAUUGGAGAAUCGCGACUUCGGGAGGUCUUCCUAAAGACGGACAACUACCUGAACGGAAAGUACUUUGCCAACAUCAUCAAAGAGGUGGCCAGUGACUUCGAGGAGAGCAAGUACCAGAACGCGGAGUUGCGUUUGUCGAUCUACGGCAAGUCGCCGGACGAAUGGCACAAACUUGCGAAAUGGGCCAUCGAGGGCAACGUGUACUCCGACAACAUUCGCUGGUUGAUCCAAAUUCCUCGGCUCUAUGACAUCUUCAAGACCAACAAGCUGAUGAACUCGUUCCAGCAGAUUUUGGAAAAUGUGUUCAAACCGCUGUUCGACGCCACCAACAACCCGAGUCAGUAUCCGGAGUUGCACAAGUUCUUGCAGUACGUGAUCGGAUUCGAUUCGGUAGAUGACGAGUCAAAACCGGAGAACCCGCUGUUUGACGGAGACGUUACGACGCCCGAUCAGUGGACCGACGACGAGAACCCACCGUAUGCCUACUACAUCUACUACAUGUAUGCCAACAUGACGGUGCUGAACCACUUCCGAUCGGAACGCGGCAUGAACACGUUCGUCCUGCGACCCCAUUGUGGAGAAGCCGGGCCAGUUCAGCAUUUGGUGUGUGGCUACUUGAUGGCGGAAAACAUCUCCCACGGGUUGCUGCUCCGGAAGGUACCGGUAUUGCAGUAUCUGUACUAUCUCGCACAAAUCGGUAUCGCCAUGUCUCCACUAUCAAACAACUCCCUCUUCUUGAACUAUGACCGCAAUCCAUUCCCGGAAUACCUGGCCCGCGGUUUGGUAGUGUCACUGUCCACGGAUGACCCGCUGCAGUUCCACUACACCAAGGAACCACUCAUGGAGGAGUACAGCAUUGCGGCCCAGGUGUGGAAGCUCAGCUCGUGCGACAUGUGCGAACUGGCCCGGAACAGCGUCCUGAUGAGUGGCUUCCCGCACAAGAUGAAGCAGCACUGGCUCGGGCCGAACUAUACCCGCGAGGGAGUGGCCGGAAACGACAUCACCCGGACGAACGUGCCGGACAUUCGGGUUGCCUUCCGGUACGAGUCGCUGCUGGACGAGCUGUCCAACAUCUUCAAGGUGAACAACGAACGGACGCUGGGAUUGGCAGUUUCCAACUAGGAACAUAUGGCGGGACCCACAACGGUUUAUUUUGUACGGACUAAAGUAGCAGCAAAGUGAUGUGAAAUCAAUGGCACUGAUUGUAACCUGAGAUGUUGAUUUUGUUUCUUUUUUUAUGAAAUUUACUAUCGAUAGGAAUAUUUAUUAGUUCGAGAAUUUAUCGACUGUUGAAUCUAAAUUUACGGCGUGUGUCGACCGACCAAAGCCAUUCUGAACCAUAACUAUACAUAUAUUUAUUCGUGUUUAUAACAAUGUAUGACGUACGUACACUUACGAACAGUCCCAUAUGUAACCCUUAUUGUGCAUUGUGUCGAGACAAAAUGCAAUUGCAAAAAA